AUUUCAUCUGAUGUUUAUUAACCUUGUAGCUUUCCACAUCUCAAAACCAUGCACACCGUCAGCCAGCUCGCUAUCGCCGUCUUUGUCAUCUCUGUCAUUGCCUUUGCUGGCGCGCAACAGCCACAGCACCAACCAGGGCAGCAGCCGUCAAAAGCAGCGCCACCGCCAUUCACACUGACAAUGGAGACGACGUACCGCCCAGAGUACACAGACACCGAUGUAGAACUUUUCAGCCCGCUUCCAAUGACCCCUGACCUCGGCAUUAUCGCCAAGUCGCUGGCCGCACAGCCAUCCGUUGUCGACGCCAUGCAAAAGGCACGCAUCGGCUGGGACUCGUCACCCAACACUAGGGUUGAGCUCUAACUCUUCAAAUGUUUCGGGUCCGACAGUACGAAGCAAACUUGUAAUAAAAAUAUAA